CAGUUUACCAAUAAAUACGUAAAACUUCAACUAUCGGUGGGAAGAUCAUACUUGAAAAUUAAAAAUUCCAAGUUUUGUGAGUCGAAAAUUUUCAACUUUUAUGACUCAGCAAUUGAAAUUACUAAUUCAUUGAAACUUGACUGGUUUUAUCCUGAUAAAAAUUCAACAACGAUAUUUAUAACAAACAAUAGAAUUCCUAAUUAUUUACUUUUUCAGUAUAAUUUGGUUUUUGAUAAUUAUGAUACAGUAAAAAAAAUCUAUGAUAUGAUAGUGAGACUUGAAGAUCAGCAAACUCUUGUGCUUAUAGGAUAUUCUCUAUUAACACAAUUUAAUGUUGGCAUACUUUAUUUUCUUAGCCAUACAUUUAAAAAUGUCACUAUGCACGUACUUGAUAAUUUAGGAUGCAUCAUUACACUUGAAAAUUACUGUACACAGAAUUCCAUAAUAAAAAAUUUAGAAGAUAUACUGGAAGUACUAAAUAUAGCUAAAAAUAAUGACCAAGAUAUUAUAUCUGUGAUACCUAUAACUACUCUAUGCGCUGACGAAAUCUACCAAAUGGUUAUAAAUAUGAAUCAUUCAAUUAUCAAGGACUUUAUCAUGUAUAUCGGACAAUUGCCUGACGGUAACGGAGAACAGCAUGACACGUCAUUAGUGAGCGAAUCAUCAUCGCAGAAAACACCAAGAUUGCCACCGAUUGUUGUGACACAGAACAUCAAUGACCCAUCAGGCUUUUCAAAAAAGCUAACUGAAAUAGCCAAACACACAAUAACCUUCAAAAUCACUGGUGGAAAGUUUUAUAUUUUCACUACGAACAAGGAUGAUUAUACUACAAUUAUAAAUCUCUUUAAUUCUAAGUCGAUGCAGUACUACACACAUGCAUUUAGCGAAAAUAAAAUGAAAUACAUGGUACUACGAGGACUUCCAAGUAUUGAAGAUAAGCUGGUCGCCAACGAACUCACCCAGCUUAAUCUAUCAGCCAACAACGUCACUAAAAUU